AUGCCACCUAUUGGACAAGACAAAAACCCGUGGAUCAUAGUGCACGAAAUGAGGGUCGACGGCUGCCAAGGAGUUGGACUUCUGGAUGAAGAUAUGUCGUCAGAAGAUGACUAUAUCCUCGACGGAAGCAGCCGUCCCGAGUAUGUGAUAAGAAAUGAGACAUCGCCGGGCAAUGGCCCUCUUUCAUCGAACAACAACAAAAACGCUCAUAUACAUGACUUUCGCAGACCAGAAGCCCGGAAUCCGUAUGUAGUCUAUUCAUACACGACACCAAGCAGCGGCUUGGGUGGCACCCCUCGAUCAUCCGGGCCGUUUGGAGAAGAGAGCAUGUACCGAAGCCCGUCGACUUUGCUCAGUGGGGCAGCUGGUCCGAAUAAAUCUUCCAUAAACCUCAAAGACAAGAACCUUGGUAUCCUGAAACGUCAGAUUAACGGUCGAGAACCAGUCCCGGAGACUGAAGAUGGGCUCCAACGAAGACAAUGUCCCAGAAAUGCAUUACAGACGGAGAGGUCUGCGAAAAUUGGACCAGCGACCAAGCGCUUGGAAGGAGACGCAUCUGCCCAUACAUUAAGAGCACAGAAUGCAGCAUACAGCGGGCCAAAUACACAGAACGCACUGGAUUCAUCAAGCGAAUCCAGGGCGGAACAUCGACAGAUUGGUGACCAAAAUAAGCCCCGAAUUCGCAAGUCGAGAGACGACAAGGACGACGUUAGUGAAGACGAAAAGGAGAAUUAG